AUCGCCCCGCAACCCCAUCCCCUCCAUUUCAGGGCCUCAUUCAUUCCCGCACGCAGCAGCCGCUUCUCCAGCUGGGACCCAGGACUUCCCGUCUCUUUUCCUCCUUUUGGUAUGGCUCCUCCACAGAGCGGAUUCUUCCCUGCGGUCUGUUUUUAGUUGCGAUCAGCGAUGCGCUAUUUUCGGCUCGUGGGUUUUUGUUUUUGUGCAGUGGAGCAGAUAUCGUACGAGGUUGUAAGAGUACUAGUUAUUUAGUGGGUUCACGAAAAUGCCACUACCUACACCAGUCAGUUUUCUGGCUUGCGUUCCACUUCUGAAGAAUGUGAAAGAGUACGAAACCUGUGUUAGGGCGGUGGAAAAUUUACUCGAACGACCCUGAACCAAUACUUCAGUGAUAGUUGCUGACCUGUCCGAGUCCCACCCUAACCUCUGCAAGAAGGUGAUCACGACUACACGAUCGAAUUCAUCGGGCGACUGUGGCAUCUUAGGAUUUGCAGCAAUGCGAAUUCGUUGUGAGGAGCUGGAAGAUAAGUCUGCUGACACCGGCUCUGGGAUGUCCCCGUGGGUUCCCAUAGAUGAGCUCUCCGAUUCUGUGAAUAUUGGGGAGGAUGAUCUGCAUAGAUUCCUCUCCACGGACGAGGAGUCAUGCAAUUUUGAUGUGGAUACGUCUCAUCUCGAGAUGAAUGCACCAGAGAUUCAGGUGUUCAUUACUACCCAUCAGGCCCCACUAACUACCUCGCCGAAGGUCCCCAACGACAGCAAUUGCUCAAAGGUCACGUCAGGCUUUGUAUCCAGAGAGGUCAGACCUGGUCGCAAGGGCAGGAAGGAAGGCUGGCGGAAGCAAACAGCAGUCUUGAAGGCCAAAUGUGAUGUGUUGAGGAUGGAGAAAGAGGUAGCUAGACAGCGGUGGGAAGAAGGAUGCGCAGAUAUGGUGGCCGCCGCCCAAAUGGCACAUUCGCUUCGAGUUGCUGUAGAAUCCAUCCUUGAGCCUGACAGAAGACGAGAAUCACUUUCAGCACCUUGCACUCCUCGCAGACAAGUGUCCAAGGAAGGGCAGAGUCACGGUCUAGAUGAAAGACUCCGAAGACUGAAAGCUAACUCGGCUAUGCGCACGAAAGAAAUGAAGAUGAGUUCACACGUCGACCUCGAAAGCCAGGCAGAAGCUUUGCACAAAAGAAUUGAGUUGCUGCAGCAGAGAUCACAAUUCCCCUACACGAACCCGAGCUCUCCAGAAGAAAGCGACCCCGAGACACUUCAAAGUGAUCAACAAUCUGUCGACCAAGAGCAUGGAGCGGACGAAUCCGACAGGUGUCCUCUGUCAGCAAGCGCAAAUGAUGCAGUUUAUCGCCUUCUCAAAGAGGCGGAGGAGUGUUGCAUUUUGGAAGAGGAGCUUGCCAAGCAAAAGCAAACCAAAGAAACAGUCCGUGAGAUUCUUGCUCAGAUAAAUGCUGAAGCCGAGCAAUGGAAACAGGUUCAGGAAGUUUUGAAAAAUGUUAGCGUAGAAAUGGCAACUGUACAGCAGGCAUGCUUGAGAUGGGAAAAGCGCGCUCUCGACGCCGAACAUCUUGCCACUGCCAGGCAACGAGAGAGGGAAGAAUGGCGUGCUAAAGCGCAAACAGCGCAACUAAAGAUUAUAAAGUUAGAAGCAGAGUUGACGCAGCUUCAAGAAACAAUAGAAGGGGUCAAGCAAAGACAUGCCCUUGAGCAAAGCCGGUGGUUAGACAUGGGCAGUGGUUUCGGCGCCCCAAACAACCUUGGCUACACAGUAAUUUUGCAGCCCAUAGCCAACAGUAGCACUCCAGAGAGUUGCAGGUGCAGCGUCAUGAAGGACCAACUCGAGGGGAGCAAACGCUGUGCUGACUUCUGCACAUCGACAAAACAAAACCUGCAACGGAGUCGCGUCUCGGAGCCAUCUAGUCUGGACAGAACUGUCCACGCCCCAUCCCGACUUCCUAGUCCACAUCGACCAACCUCCAGACCAACCUGUGAAUCACCCCAGGUGAGGCAGAAAUUUGAGACCGCUUCUUUGCAUCCGGCACGCUCAACUGACGGGCCCAAAAGUAGCGUAGCUCCCAGAGCCGUAGUAUCAACAAGUAGCAGGUUUGAAAGGGGGAGGUCGAUCUCGGUUGACAGAGUAGCCACCAGAACUCCCGUUCGAAAGCCCAGUCCUACUCGCAGUACCAAUGUGUUCAUCGAAAAUGCAGAGAACUUGUGUGCGGGUGUGACUGUGGGUUCUGCUACGACGACGACGAAGAAGGUGUUGGCCUCACGAGGCGUGAGUCCUGCGAAGCGAUGUGGCCAGUCUCCAGCUCCUGGCUGUAGAGGCCCAUCCCCUCCGAGGUCCAGCUUCAACGCCCACCAACGUGGGCCUCUCAGGGAUUUGAAGCUCAACACCACUAUCAGAUAGAAAAAAUAGCAUAACUUCUGUGCCUUCAUUGUUGGGGAUGUUUAUGUGAUUCCACAGGUAUUAGGCGGUGCCGUGAAACAAAGUAGGGAUUCGUGUGCGUGGCAAGUCAUAGCUUAUCAAAAUGGAAAAAAAAUAAAUAAAAAGUUCAAACUUUUUUAAAACUGGGAA